CAUUAUAAAACUGUGAAGGGAGAGUAAAUGGAAAUGGAACCCAAAUUGUUCUUGUGGAAAAGAAAACAAAGGAGAAGUUCGUUUUCUCAAUUCUGACUUGGUUCUCAAAUAUUAAUCUUUUAUCCAUUCAAGAAAUUCUCUUCUGCUUCCACACAUCCCAUACAAUUAUACAAGACAGAUUUCUUCCGAUUCUUCUUCUUACCCUUUACAGAUAGACUUUGUAGGGACUUGCAGAUUAGUUUAGAAUUUGAUAGUGAGAGAUAGAGAUAGAGAGAGAAGGAGAUUCUCAUUCCUCGACAUGCUAGCUUCUCUUCAGUAUCGCAUCUCUUCUUGUGGUGUUGGUUGUGGAGGUGGUGGUGGUGGUGGUGGUGUCCAGUUUUAUUGGGUUACUUCUGAACAGGACGCGGUGCGGUUGAAGAGGAAGAAUCUUAUAUUCCUUUUGUUCUUCAGAUUCAUCUGUCUUCUUCUUCUUCUUCUUCUCAUCCCUCGAUCCAAGAGCUAGUCCAUCCUUUACUUUUACUUUGAUUUUGAUCUUUCCUCUAUCUGGGGUUUUAGCCUUUUUGAUCGGGGAGCAGGGUCGAUGGGCCUGAGCUCGAAGCAAGUUUCGGUUGAUGUUCUGGAUUGGAGCCAGAGUUUGUUGCAGUCAAGAUCAUUAAUGGAGCUUCCAAAACCUCCUCAGCAACAACAACAACAACAACAAUCGACACCGCCGUUGAGGUGUCCAAGGUGUGAUUCAACAAACACCAAAUUUUGUUACUACAACAAUUACAAUAAAUCACAGCCACGCCAUUUCUGCAAGACAUGUAAAAGGCACUGGACCAAAGGAGGUACUCUCCGCAAUGUCCCUGUCGGCGGCGGCCGGAAAAACAAGCGUCUCAAGACAUCAAACUCCUCUUCCUCUUCCGCCGCCACCACAAAUACCCCCAAUCUUCGGGCCAAGAAUUCUAACGACAACAAUUUGGGAAUUCAAUCUCUGCAACAGAAUCUCUCUCUUCCUUUCAGUGAUCAGAAGAGCAUAUCAGAGAUCCUCUACCAGGCAAUGCUGCCUCCAACAUCAUCGCAGCAGCUUCCAGAUUUCAACAUAGACGUCAACGUCAGCAGCAGCAGUGGCUUCUUGGGUUCGACGUUGUCUUUACCUCUUCUUCCAAACUUUCCCUUUAAUUUUGACAACAACCCAUCAGCUUUGAUUUCCUCUUCUUUCACCGGAGCCUUCUCUUCUCCAAAUGUGUACAGUCACCCAAUCAAAAUGGGAACAGCCGAGGAUCCCAUCAGCACAACCACCUCCUCCGCCGACACUACCAUCGCCACCACAGUAUCGACGGCAAUGCCAUUUCAAGUCCCUCCUACUACUAGCGGAAGUUUAAUGGAUUCUUCCCAAUUCUGGAAUUGGGAUGAUGAUUUCACAGCCAUCGUCACUAAUGAUCUUGGGCAACCUUGGGAUGAUCCAGAUGGUGAUGAUUCUUCAACCAAACAACUCUGAACUUGCAGUUUGGGAAGAAAACCUGGUGUGUGGAGGUUGACUCUUUUGAUUUCAAUUUUUUCAUAGAUCAUUCUGGAUGUGUUUUAGCUUCUAAUCUAAGCCAACCAUGGGUAUUUUCCCAUAUAAAUAACUGUUAGUAAAAAGGAGUAUGUUGUGAAAGGGUCUGUCUGGGCAAGUGUGAAGCUGUGGAGUUUCCAGAGCAUCGGCUUCAGGUUAAAAGGGCAGAAAGUUCAACAAGUUCAUUGUCUGUGUGUGUUCUAGGAUCAAUCACAUUAGUCUAUGUCUGCUGUUUUCUUCCUCUCUUUUUUUUGUGGAUGUAAUAUGGGUAAAGAUCAAAGAUACAGAAAAAUAUCUAAGGUGAGGUAGGUGCUGUAGGAAGUUUCAUUCUGGUUUUUCAGAAUAGGAUUUGAGUAUCCUUUGAUUAAGGAAAAUGGGUUCUCCUGUAACUGGUCUGAUUUGAUGUAUUUUUAUCCUUAUAUUGUACUCAUUUUAUCUUCUUAUAAUCUAUGUGUAUAUCUUUUGCUCAAA